AUGGAGACUGCUUUGAAGUCCUGGGAAGCUGAAAAUUCUAUCGGUCUCAUAGACCCCCAUCGAGAUGCCCUAUACACAUAUGAUUCUGCCGAACAAAAAGCCAUAGGUCUUUCCACUCCAUGGACGAAGGAUCCCUCGUACUUCAAAAAUGUCCGCAUCUCUGCUGUUGCCCUUCUCAAGAUGGUCAUGCAUGCUCGAUCUGGGGGAUCUAUAGAAGUUAUGGGUUUGAUGCAAGGGAAAAUUUUAGGCGAUACUUUUAUCGUUACUGAUGCCUUCCGCCUUCCAGUAGAAGGCACAGAAACUCGAGUCAACGCACAAGAUGAAGCAAAUGAGUAUAUGGUUACCUAUCUACAGGCCUGCCGAGAACAGGGAAAAUUGGAGAAUGCAGUUGGAUGGUACCACAGUCAUCCCGGGUACGGUUGCUGGCUGAGCGGCAUUGAUGUCGCGACACAACAAACACAACAGCGUUUCUCUGAUCCUUUCCUUGCUGUUGUUAUUGACCCGGAUCGCACAAUAUCUGCGGGUAAAGUAGAAAUCGGAGCCUUCCGCACAUAUCCUAUGUCAUACGAGCCACCUGAUUCCAUUAUCGGUGAUGAUUACCAAACUAUCCCCCUUGCCAAGAUUGAAGAUUUCGGAGCACACAGCAGUAAAUAUUACUCUCUCCAAAUCUCGAAUUUCAAGUGUUCCCUAGAUACCUAUCUUCUUGAAUUGCUUUGGAACAAAUACUGGGUUCAAACACUCAGCCAAAACCCAUUAUUGAAUAAUCGAGAGUAUAGCAGCAAGCAGAUGCUUGAUUUAAGUACUAAGAUUAAAAUGGUUGAGUCUUCACUUGCGCGAACAAGCCACGUUACUGGGCAGGUGCAACCGUAUAGCAAGUAUGUUGAUAUGCAACUUGAUAAGGUUGUGAAGGACAGCAACAAAAUUAACGGAGAAGAAACUAUCGGCUUCAUAGCUGAUGAAGUCAAAGUAAAGCUCUUCAAUAGCUUUAGGUCCUGA